AUUCUGUUUUCUGCAGUACUUCGGAAGCUUGCUUGUAAUAUUCUGUGUUGAACUGGCCUGUGGUGUUUGGACCUAUGAGCAGGAAGUAACGGUUCCAGUGCAGUGGUCUGAUAUGAUCACACUGAAAGCCAGGAUGACCAAUUAUGGCCUACCUAGGUACCAAUGGCUGACCUAUGCUUGGAAUUUCUUCCAGAGGGAGUUUAAAUGUUGUGGGGUGGUAUACUUCACAGACUGGCUGGAAAUGACAGAGAUGGACUGGCCGCCUGACUCCUGUUGUGUCAGAGAGUUCCCAGGAUGCUCUAAGCAGGCACAUCAUGAGGAUCUCAGUGACCUUUACCAGGAGGGAUGCGGUAAAAAAAUGUACGCUUUUCUGAGGGGGACGAAGCAAUUGCAAGUGCUGAGAUUUCUCGGAAUCUCUAUUGGAGUAACGCAGAUCCUGGCUAUGAUCCUCACUGUCACUUUGCUGUGGGCUCUGUACUACGACAGACGGGAUCCUGGAGCAGAUCAGAUCAUGGACCUGAAGGGUGACACCUCGCAGCAGCUGUCGUGUCAUUCCAUGGAGCUACUGAAACCAAGUCUGGCAAGGAUCUUUGAGCACACAUCUGUGGCAAACAGCUUUAAUACACGCUUUGAAAUGGAAGAGCUAUAGGUGAUGCAAUGCAUCUGAGAAGUCACAAAGG